CACCUGCUUCCAUCAAAUCAACGCGUUUCCCUUUGCUCUUCCAGUACCGAUGACGACACGGGGGUGUUGCUGCACGCACAAGAUCAGCGACUGCGACUUGCCAUUCCUUUCAAAGCUGAAAUCCAUGGAGCCCGGAUACGGCUGUGGCAGCUCCUCGGCUCGACCCCUUCCACACAGCGCAGCCAUGGCCGCGCAGCGGAAGCGGGCGGUGCUGGGAGGGCCGCUGAGGGGAAGCCGGCCCCGCUCCGCCUCCGUGCUGAGCCCGUAGCGCAGCAAAGAUGGUUUCUCCCAAAACCCGAUACUUAGUGUUCUUUCAGUACUGGGGCACUAAAUAUAGUGGGGUCAUGCAUACCUCAGCUGAGCAGUCAGGGGUUGGAGUCCAGAAUUAUUUGGAGAAGGCAGCACAGAACCUAAAACCUGUUGUUCCCAUCAAGUUCCACAUCUCCAGCCGGACAGACAGCGGUGUCCAUGCGCUCUGCAAUUCUGCUCACCUUGACAUCCAGAGGGCACCAGGGAAGCCAGCUUUUCAAGAGAAAAUGCUCAUUGGUUGUCUGAAUCAUCACUUGAAGCCUGAGCCAAUCCGCAUCUUGAGUGCCUAUCGAGUGACCAACAAUUUCCACGCACGUUUCUCUGCGCUGUCAAGAACUUACAUUUAUCGGCUGUUGAUGGGCUGCACCCACCAUUCUGAAAUACCAGUGUUUGAGAGGGAUCUGUGCUGGGCUCCCACUGGAGGCUACCUCAACGUGCCUGCCAUGCAGGAUGCAGCACAGUUCCUGCUGGGAACUCACGACUUCAGCACUUUUUGUUCACUGAACUCUGAAACGCCAUUUCGGUCUCCAGUCAAAACCAUCCUACAGGCAGACAUCCAACCCUCUUCUGGUUUCCUAUCCCACCACUACGAAUACAGGGGUCUGCAGUUUUGGGAGCUGAAGUUCAAGAGCAGAUCAUUUCUUUACCGACAGGUCCGAAGAAUGGUUGGGGCUCUAGUUGCAGUUGGCCAGGGAAAGUUGGCACCUUAUCAUAUAAAGGAGCUGCUGGAGAUGAAGGAUGCAAGGGCUUUUCCACCAUUUGCCAUGGCUCCAUCAUCCGGACUCUUCCUAAAAUCAGUGGAAUAUAAUGAAGCAGAUUUGCAAACAACAGUGGCCCGGGGAGAAUAGCAGCUCUGUCAGCCAUGUCUGAAAGGACUGUUGUUGUGGAUAUGGGAUGGAGGUUUGCAGAGCUCUUUAUGCAAUAUAUGGUCUUGUCUCAAUAAACAUCACUGACUGUAGGCAUCUUCCCAUCAUUUGUUUGCUAAGGGGAAAUGAAGAAUGAUGCUGCUUUCAGAUUACUUUUUUUUUUUUCCCCUGAUGUGUUUUCUCAUGUUUUUGUUUUGUUUUAAUCUUGCCUGCUUGCCCAAGUAACAGCACGUGUGUCGGGUAAUGUGCGUGGGUUGUUGUAUUAUUUUUUUUAAUCAUGAAUGACACCAGAAUCACUGUUUGGGUUAUAAAACGGUUCUUGGAAUGCUGAGUUACAAGAAAGAGGAUGAAAGUUGUGACUUCUAAAGAAACAGCACCCAAUUUAAAUACUUUCCUGUAGUGGAAGCCACGUGCAGCUCAAAUGCCUGGUACCAUCAGAAUUAAUCUCUCCUUUGUCUGUGAGAGGGGAAGAAUUAGAGAGCUGAGAGUUCAUCGUAGCUGAUCUGGUGAGGGGAUGUCCUUCGUUAUGUGGCAAUUCAAAGCAUUCAGGUAAUGAAGGAUGAAUAUUAAUAACCCUGAAGGAUCGAGGAGCUUCCACACACUGGGUGGGUGGUGAAGGUGCAGGUGGGAUGCAGCACCUCCCUGACCUCUCUUAAGGCUCUCAGCAGGGAGACUGAGCUUA